AUGUCAAAAAAACGCAAGAGGGAAGUCGACAUCGAACUCGUCAAGGUCUAUGAGGAAUUGGCGGACGAGAAUGAGCCAGUGCGUCUCAAGGCGGCUAUGACUUUGGUCUCAAUCAUCUUCAAACCGGGGGUAACAAGUGAAGAACAGACCAAAUCCAUUAUUACGCGCCUCUUUCGGGGACUAUGCAGUGGCCGCAAGGCCGCUCGACUCGGCUUUUCUGUUGCCCUGACUGAGUUACUAUCCAAGCUUCCCGUAUCAUCAGAUGCAUUCCCGACCGCAACAGUGCCGACUUCGAGCGUGGUAGAUCUCCUCGAAGCCAAUACGAUGCCUGAAGGUGGUACCUCUGGCCAAGAGGAGCGAGAUCACUAUUUUGGAAGAAUUUUCGGUGCUGAGGCCGUCCUCAAAUCUGGCAUUCUGUUCAAGACCCCGCAGCCUGUUCAGUGGAAACGCGUCUUGGAUCUCAUCUGUGCAGUUGCUCUGAAGAAGCCAUGGCUCAGACAAACAUGUGGUCGAGCACUAUACAACUGCAUCCUAUCCAACGACUCCAAGCUUGUCACCGAGACAUUUGUCAUAGACACAAUAUCCGCAUUCGACACGUACAGACUCAUUCGCACGCCUGAAGGCGUUGCCGUAUGGAUCGCAGCUACUCGUGCAUUCCCGCAAGCACAAUUGCCCAAGUCUUUAUGGUACGACGAAGACCCUCUGGGGAGCAAGGGUAUGAAUUCGCUUGCUGUCAUACUGGUGGACGCUCGCACUCACUCAGACGGCUCUGAUGAGGCUUUUGAAGCUCAAGGGUCUGCCGCGUGGUCCGCAAAUCUGCAUUUCGCUUGGGAUGUGGUCUUAAGUGAUCUGUAUCAGGCAAGACCUACGAGCGAACAGAAUGGCCAUCGUCCUGUUAAGAGAGUUGGUUUCGAAACGUUUUGGCUGACUGUGGUGGACGAUGGUCUCUUCGCAGACACCAGUAGCACAGAGCGCAAAGCAUGGGGUCUUAGUCUCUGGAAGAAAGUGUUCGAAACAGCGCCGCAAACAUAUUUGGAGUAUACCUUUUCACAUCGUGCUCUAAAUUGCUUGGUCAAUUCGCUCAGAGCUACAGACAGAUAUUUACAGAAGCUUGCGCAAAGGGUUUCUCAGGUCUUCCCCACACGUUUGUCAGGAUCUGCGCUAGUUUCCACCGAUUACGGGCUUGUCGGCACCUGUAUCCAGUCACUAUUAGAAUCUGUUUCAUUUGGCGACUUCGACCAGAUCACCAAAUCCAAAACUAUGCUCAAUAUUCUCGAAGUUGAGCAGCCAUCCGUUCAAGAAGCCAUUUUCCUGACACUUGAGAAAUUGCUCAACGCCUCUUUAAAUGAAGACGAAGAGAAGGAACGCUCUACUCAACAAAAGACUGUCAUUGCUUUGCAAGGAAAACUCCUGGCCGCAUCUCUUCGCCACCUCGAACAACAACUCGCAACAGAUGAAGUGAAGCUCGCUCAGCUCAAUGUCUCUCGGAUGAUACUUAAGGCUUGGGUGCAACGAGGUUAUGUUUCCUCGCAGACACCUUCAUCCAAUGCUCUGCCACAGAGUUUCUUUACAGAGCAAGCUCGAAAAUUGCUCAAAGACCGCCUUGCAUCGGGCUUCGAACAAACCCUGAAGCUCGGAAAGCCUGGUAUUGAACUACUGAGAGAAACCUUGCUUUGUGUUUCUCAGCUUGAGAAGGAUGGGGUUUCACUGGCCGUUCAAUUUGAAGAAGAAAUUAAAGCCAGCGUACGGAAAGGCUGGAAGAAAUUGGCAAAGAUGAAAGUCUCGGAGGGACCAUAUAUCAACACCACACGCUAUAAACAAAGUACUGGAUCCAUUCAGGAUGGACUGGUGCUUUUGUACUGCUUGGUUCUAUUCCAGAUCUACAAUGGCGAAGCAGAGGCGGUCGAAAUCUUACAAGAAGUCAUCGCACUGGAUGAUGACCUGAAAGCGAAGAGAAAGCGAGUGUCAACCUCGAUCAGCGACGAUGUUUCGAUAAUUCAGAUCUUGCUCGGCUUUGCGUCCCGUCCCUCAAAAUUUAUGAGACGUAUCACUAUCCAAAUGUUCGAGGCAUUUGCACCACAGGUCAGCCGUGAGGGUCUUCAAUCGCUGUGCGAUGUUCUCGAAGCCAAAGAAAACGCUCAGGGUCAACAAGAAAUGUUCGAAGAGAGAGACACGGAGAUGAAUGAGGAUGAUGCAGAUAGCAUUGGCUCGGACGUGGACGAACUAGGGUCAGAUGUAGAGGUUUUGGAUGCGUCAGAAGAUGGGGAUGACGAAUCCAGUACUGGGUCUGAGAGCGAGAAUGAGCAACAGAAUGAUGACGAAGCCGAAGAAGAAGACGACGAGCUUGCAGCAUUUGAUGCCGCUCUGGCCUCAGCGUUGGGAACCCGACAAUUGAACGAAAAUGAUACUGAUCCAACCUCGGACUCUGAUUCUGAUAUGGAUGACGACGAAAUGAUGGAGCUAGACUCAAAACUGGUUGAGGUCUUUCGAGCUCGUGAAGAGCAGCAAUCGAAGAACAAACAGCGCUCUGCCAAAGACGCAAAGGAGAACAUCAUCAACUUCAAGAACCGAGUGCUCGAUCUCAUCGAAUCAUAUCUGAAACAACAAUACCAGAACGCCCUCGCGAUCGAUCUGAUCUUGCCACUAUUGCGAUUGGUCCGCACAACGCAAGCGAAACAGGUAGCCACCAGGGCCGGAGACAUCCUCCGUGGAUUGGCUUCUAGAUGCAAAGGGCAACUCAUCCCCGAGCUAGCGGGUGUCGAUGGUCUUAAACAUGCGACCUCGGAGUUGGUGAAGAUUCAUGAAGAAGCCGGCCUGCAAUCCUCGAAUUUGCAUUCUACUCUGGCUAGCCUUGGCAGUAUUCUUGUGGUGAAAGCGAUGACCAAGUCACAUCCCGGAAGCAUUCGAGCCGUGAUCGACAUUUAUGCCUCCACACGUCUGAAACAACUGACUAAAGAAUCAUGCUUCAUAACACCUGGUUUCUUCACAGAUUGGAACAACUGGUGCCAGAGUAUGGAGAAGAAAUUAGCUCAAUAG